AUGGAUCUCACGCCGGUUUUUUUGGGGGGUGAUCUUGUCGGGAACCGUGCACCAGUGUCUGGUACAGUACCCUGCAUUCCAGAUCUGGCCACGAACUUGGAGGGCAGGGGUAGCUCCUCGGUUCUCCGUUCCCUCCAACACCCGCCACGACUUCAUCGCCGUGCCGACUCAAGUCCAUUUUCGUGCUUGGUUCGUUGUCGACGUCAAGACCAUUUUUGCGCCGCCGUCUCGAUGACAACAUCAUCGUUUGGUAUCUCUCCUUUUCAACAUUCCCUGUGCGCAAGCCUGUCCACCACCGGCCAUAAAAGAUCUCGUUGUCCCUUUUUGCGCUCUACUCGGUUUCCUGUUCCGCUCCUGGGUCGCCGACACACAACACGCCGAUGCUGUGUUCGCGCCCUGUCUCGUUGCCAACAGAUGAUCCAUGGAUCCGUCUGCGCGGCUACGCAAGACCACACACAGCUAUUAGCUGUGGCUUAA